CUUUUGGAUCUUGCCCUGGUUUUAGCAGCGGCUCUCGUCGGCGGGCCUUUUUCGGUGGAGCGUCGUCCUCUUCUUGAGCUCGCAAACCUAACGAGGACGACUUCUAGGGUUUCGCAGCGAUGGGGAAGGCGAAGAAAGGCCCCAAAUUCGCCGUCGUGAAGAGGCUCGUGAGCUCAAAAACUCUUAGAAAAUACAAGGAAGAGAUCCUAAACCCUAAGAAGAACAAUCUGGAGAAGGAGAAACUCCCACGGAACGUACCUGCCGUUUCUUCGGCUCUGUUCUUUAAGUACAACACGGCACUUGGCCCGCCUUAUAGGGUCAUCGUGGAUACCAACUUUAUCAACUUCUCUAUCCAGAACAAGUUGGAUUUGGAGAAGGGAAUGAUGGACUGCCUCUAUGCAAAAUGCACUCCGUGCAUCACGGAUUGUGUUAUGGCUGAGCUUGAAAAACUGGGACAGAAGUAUCGUGUAGCUCUAAGGAUCGCCAAGGACCCUAGGUUUGAGAGACUACCAUGCACACAUAAAGGAACUUAUGCUGAUGAUUGCAUUGUUGAAAGGGUCACUCAGCACAAGUGUUACAUUGUUGCUACAUGUGAUAGAGACUUGAAACGAAGGAUACGCAAGAUUCCUGGAGUUCCUGUCAUGUACAUUACACAGCAUAAGUAUUCAAUCGAGCGGCUGCCAGAAGCAACUAUUGGAGGAGCUCCAAGAAUUUGAUGACUAGAGUAUUUUUCAGCAAAUGGAACCACUUCUAUUUUGCAUCAGAUGUCAGCUGCUGGUUAGUUGCUUCUGUAUUUUUCAAAAACUUCUCUGGAGGAAAGAAAACAACAGUACAAUGCAUUAGUUAUUAUCUGUAUACUGUUGUCUUACUGAUGUGGGUCACUACUAACACCCCUGAAAUCUUGUAAGCAAUAACAUUGAUGGGAUAUCAGCUGCUGGUUAUAUAGUUGCUCAUGUAUUUUUCAAAAAAAAUUUCUUGAGGAAAGAAAAUAACAGUAGAAUGCACAAGUUAUUUUCUGCA